UGGCGCCAUAUCACCUUAUCCUAGUCUUGAGCACAUAAAAUUAUUGCUCCUCCUGUUCCCCUGUUUCUUGCCCCCGAGACUUCUUAAAGCCUCAAACUUGCCUUUAUCCUCCCAAAACCUCCGGCUACGAGCCUUCUUCACAACGUUCGAGUUUUGAGGUGGCGAAUUGGUGACUACCGCACAUCCCUGCUUAAUUAAAAAAUUCACUCAACAACAUGUAUCUGUUCAGUUUUUUUCAAUAACUAGUAGCUAUAGAUAAAAGCUUCGGCAGAAAGUGGAAAAAUACAGAAAAAUGGCUUCUAGAGUUCAAAAUCCCAUACAAAAUAGGCUGUGGUUGCUAUCAUUCUCAACUUCAUCGUCUUCUUCUUUGUGCAAUUCCGUAAGUUUAAAGAAGACCCGUUUCACAAAUAGGACCCGUUUCACAAAUAGGUCCCUUUUCGGCAAGAGAAUGUCGUGGUCUUCUUCAAGACGAAAUCUUUACUGUACUUGCAGUACCAGCAGAGGCAUUACUAUGGAUUCUAAUACUAGUCCCAGGAGUGUCAGGCAAAAUGCUGAGCCUUUUGUCAUCACAACUCCGCUUUAUUAUGUGAAUGCCCCGCCUCACAUGGGCAGCGCCUAUACUACCGUUGCUGCUGACGCCAUUGCUCGUUUUCAGAGGCUUCUUGGGAAUAAGGUUGUAUUCAUUACUGGCACAGAUGAGCAUGGGGAAAAGAUUGCUACUGCUGCGGCUGCCUGUGGUUGUAGCCCUGCUGAACACUGCAAUGUCGUAUCACAGGCUUACAGGACACUCUGGAGAGAUUUAGGCAUAGCUUAUGAUAAGUUCAUCCGGACCACUGAUCCUAAGCAUGAAGCAAUUGUGAAGGAAUUCUACUCUAAGGUCUUAGCAAAUGGUGACAUUUAUCGGGCGGAUUACGAGGGACUGUAUUGUGUAAAUUGUGAAGAGUACAAGGAGGAAAAGGAAUUGCUGGACAACAACUGUUGUCCCAUCCACCUAAAACCAUGUGUUGCCAAAAAAGAAGACAAUUACUUCUUUGCCCUGUCAAAGUAUGAAGGAUUCCUAGGAAAGAUGCUAAGUGAGAAUCCAGAAUUUGUGCAGCCUUCCUUUCGCUUGAAUGAGGUACAAAGCUGGAUUACAAGUGGGUUGCGAGAUUUUUCCAUUUCCCGUGCAUCAGUAGAUUGGGGUAUAGAGGUCCCUAAUGAUGCCAAGCAAACUAUAUAUGUUUGGUUUGAUGCUUUAGUAGGUUAUAUUUCUGCUUUAUUGAAUGAUGGGGAGCAGCCAAACUUACAGACUGCAAUCUCAUCAGGCUGGCCCACAUCUCUGCACUUAAUUGGCAAGGAUAUAUUACGGUUUCAUGCAGUUUAUUGGCCAGCUAUGCUCAUGUCAGCUGGACUCCAACUUCCUAAGAUGGUAUUUGGCCAUGGGUUUUUGACAAAGGAUGGCAACAAGAUGGGCAAGUCACUGGGAAAUACACUAGAACCAACUGAUUUGGUGCAAAGAUUUGGACCUGAUGCUGUCAGGUACUUUUUCCUCAAGGAGGUUGAAUUUGGUAGUGAUGGGGAUUACUCUGAGAGCCGUUUCAUUAAUACUGUCAAUGCACAUCUUGCUAACACAAUUGGGAAUCUUCUGAACCGAACACUUGGGCUUCUGAAGAAAAAUUGUCAAUCAACUUUGGCUGUUGAUUCAGCCAUUGCUGCUGAGGGAAAUACAUUCAAAGAUGCAGUGGAGAUGUUGGUCACGAAGGCGAAAACUCAUUAUGAAACCCUUGCUCUCUCGUCAGCUUGCGAAGCUGUGCUGGAGAUUGGUAAUGCUGGGAACUUGUACAUGAAUCAACAGGCGCCUUGGUCUCUUUUUAAGCAAGGAGGUGCUGCUUCUGAAACUGCAGCGAAGGAACUUGUAAUUGUGCUGGAAGCAAUGAGGAUCAUAGCCAUAGUUUUGUCCCCUGUUACACCAAGCUUAUGUUUGAGAAUAUACAACCAGCUGGGCUACACAGAGGACCAAUUCGACACCAUCACCUGGAGUGAUGCCAAGUGGGGUGGGCUUAAGGCUGGACAGGUUAUGGCACAGCCGAAACCUGUCUUUUCCAGGAUUGAGAACCAAAUAGAAGAUGGUAAUGGAGGCGAAACAGUAAAGCAGGGAAGUAAAGAAAAGGAAAAUAUAAAUCAAAAUAAGAGCGCUAUUGAAGUGUGAAAGUUUUGGUUCCAGCGCAGGUAAUUGAUGAAGUCCUUUCCAAUGAUCCAGAGGAGUUGGAUGAAAACAUUUUGAAGAGGUUGGAAGUAGCUCAUUCAUUCGGUGAGGAAACAUAAGAGCUACUGAAUGAAUUUGGAACAGUUGAUUGAAAAAUAUGUGGAGACUUUUCUCUGUUUUGAUGUGCAUGCUGCAUUGCUGGUACUGGUGUUUGACAUGCGUAGGUCUGACAUCAUAAUCCGCUUGCUGGAGAGUCUAUUGCCAUUCUUCUUGAUAAAGCGAGAUAAAAGUCUCAUAUUGCAAAUGUGAAGGUAGUUACCUCAAAGGCCUUAUAUUGUUUUUUGGCCGUUCUGGCAUAAUUCUACUGAACUUCCAAAUGUGAUCCAUCAAUAGCCUAGAUGACGAUGAUCCAGCUACCAUUCUCCUGAAAAAGAAAUAUCUUUACUUUGUAUACAUUUACUCUUUUAGUUCUUUU